AAAAGAAAAAAGCGCCCAUCCCCUUUCUCUCCGAAUCGAUUCUCGUCUUUGAUAAAUAAUCAAAACCAAAACCUAAACGCACAUUUCCCAGAUCUAACCGUCCCCAAUGUCAACCGCUACCACCGGUGGCUACGGCACGGUCUCCGCCGCCACCACCACCACAUCACAACCACCACCGCCAUCCACCUCCAACCUCAUCGCCACUCCCCGCUCAUGGCGCGAGUUCCUCGACAUCUCCGCCCUCUCCCGCCCCUACUCCUACGACGACGCCAUGAUCCGCCUCCGGCGAAACCUCAGCUACUUCCGCUUCAACUACGCCGCCGUUUCCCUCCUGAUCAUCUUCCUCACCCUGCUGUGGCACCCCGUCUCCAUGAUCGUCUUCCUGAUCCUGCUCGUCGCCUGGUUCUUCCUCUACUUCUCCCGCGACGGCCCACUCGUCGUCCUCAGUGCUGGGACCGUGCUCUGCGUUCUGGGCCUCGUCACCGUCGUCGGGCUUGUGUGGACCCACGUGGGGCUCAAUGUGCUGGUGGCGCUGAUCGUGUGCGUGGUCGUUGUUGGGUUGCAUGCGGCGUUUCGGGUCAUUGAGGACUUGUUUCAUGAUGAGGAGAGUGGGUUGCUCUCCGUUGUUGGAAGUCAGCCUCUGAGAACAAAUUAUACUCCGAUUUGAUUUUGGGAUUGUGGAGUUACUGGUCUAGUGAAGAAGAUGAGGUAGAGUUCAGAGUUGGUUCCUCUGUUUUGAAGGGAAGCACCAGCAACAAUGACCAAGUAUGUUGAAUUUACUGUUGGGUAUUUGAUGAUUAUUGUUCUUGACAUUCAAGCUGCUGAUGCCACCUUGGAUGAGGAUGGAAUGUAACUGUGUGUGUAGCAAAAAAAUCAUCAACAUUGAAUUGGAAUUAGGUGUGUCUUGUUAAUUUGUGUUGGAUAGAUAUGAGAUUUUUCUUUUUGAGGAGGAGGAUGAUCCAUUUGUGUAGUAACUGACAGUGGAUCCAUUUUGCUUGUUCAGUACCUUACUUAAAUUUGAUUUGAUAAGUUGGUUUCUUUUAAUGCACAA